AUGAUGACAUCAAAACAGGCAUUUAAUCUUUUUAAUAAGGUACCUCGGCAAGUGACACAGUCUUAUGAUGUCCUGAUUGUUGGCGGUGGGCCUGUUGGAUUGGCGUUGGCUUCGUCACUGGGAUCGUGUGCCGAUCUCAAAGCACUCAAAAUUGGAUUAAUCGAAGCGAAUUCGCUGGAUGGCGUGAGAAAUUGGAAUGGAAAUGAACUCCCAGCGUAUUCGAAUAGGUGUUCGUCGAUUAGUGCUUCAAAUUACGUGUAUUUCCAGCGCACAGGUGGUUUAAACACUCUUAAUACAUGCCGUGUUUCUCCAGUCAACAAUAUGCAGGUCUGGGAUGGCAGGACUGAUGCCAGGAUCACAUUUGGCAGGCAGCUCGACGACGAAGACUACGGAGCACUCGCAAAGGACAGCAGCACGCUUUCGUAUAUGAUGGAAAAUACAAAUCUGCAAAAAUCAUUCCUCGAUCAUAUUGACAGGUCGACGUCUAUUGACAUACUCGACUCGGCAAAGAUUAGAUAUAUAGAUCGUGAUAAUGAGUGGCCCAGGGUUAAUUUAGAAAACGGAGAUAGCCUACGUACACGGCUCAUAAUUGGUGCAGACGGGUUCAACUCACCUGUACGGAAAUUCUCCGAAAUCGAAGCAGUGGGAUGGUCAUACAACGCAGCAGGAUUUGUUUCGACAUUAGAAACACAACCAUCUCAUAACGCAUCACAUUCAUCACAAACAGCGUUUCAAAGAUUUUUGCCAACAGGACCGAUCGCUUAUCUGCCGUUACCGGGCUCAGCAGCGUCAAUGGUGUGGUCAACAACACCUGAGCUUGCGAACAAGUUCAAACAGGCUGACAUAAGAGUGCUUGGGUUACUUAUCAAUGCUGCGUUCAGAUUUAGAGAGGAUAUACUUGCAACACUUUACAAUAACGUAAAUCUCGACUAUGAUAGCUUUUUACUGCUAGUGAAGCAGCUUGAGAGUGCACAAGGAAUUGAUAUGACUACCUCGCGACAGAUUAGUAACGGAGUAGCUGAUGGGAUACCACCAAGUGAUCAUGAAGGGUUUCCACCGUUAGUGACAUCAGUAGUGGAUGGAUCGCAGGCAUCAUUCCCACUGAAACUAAAUCAUACUGAUGGAUAUGAUGGGAAUAGAGCAGUAUUGGUAGGAGACGCGGCUCACAGCUGUCACCCACUUGCAGGACAAGGGUUGAAUUUAGGGAUGGGAGAUGUGCAAUCACUCACGUCAGUACUAGCAGAGGGCCAAAGAUUAGGGGGAGAUAUAGGAAGCAAGACGAUAUUGGAGAGGUAUACGAGGGAUCGCUAUGUAGUAAAUCUAACCAUGCUUAUGAUGACAGAUAAGUUAAAUGCGUUGUUCCAAGUAAGUGGGGAGAACCCACUGGUGCAGCUGCGUAGUAUGGGGUUGGAGAUGAUCAAUGAGAUAGAUAGGGUGAAGGAAUUCCUUGUGAGACAUGCAGGCACAAAGGGCAUAGAGAAGGAAGAUGGUGAUAGUAUUAUAGCAGAUGGAAUAGAGAGUGUUGGAAAAGCAAUAACAAUGCUCAGCGCAACAGCAAGACAAGUUGGGAGAUUUGGAGAGGGAAAGGUAAACGAAAUGAUGAAUGGAAUUGUAAAUAAGAAGUAA